CGCAGGGAUAUUCCCCUUAGGAAAAGGCAGGUUAUCAGCUCUCACAGACACAGUUGGAAGUGCAGUUGAUUCAGAUCGACGGAGCUCGCUCUUUAGAUCGGGAGAUCUGCCUAGCAUGUGGUCCGUGUGGUGUGCUGGGGAGGAGAAGCGGGUCGGUACACGAACUGUGGUGGUUGGGCACCGGCCGGUUUCAGAGGCAGAUGCCUACGUGGCACAGAAGUUCUGUGACAACAGGAUUGUCUCCUCCAAGUACACAGUGUGGAACUUCCUCCCGAAAAACCUCUUUGAGCAGUUCAGGAGAAUUGCCAACUUCUACUUCCUCAUCAUCUUCCUCGUGCAGGUGAUAGUGGACACCCCAACCAGCCCGGUAACCAGCGGCCUUCCGCUCUUCUUCGUGAUCACUGUCACAGCCAUCAAACAGGGGUACGAAGACUGGUUGAGACACAGAGCUGACAAUGAAGUGAACAAGAGUAAUGUCUUCAUUAUUGAAAAUGCGAAGCAAGUGCAGAAAGAGAGCGAAAAAAUCAAGGUUGGAGACAUAGUAGAAGUGAAAGCAGAUGAGACCUUCCCCUGUGACUUGAUAUUUUUGGCCUCAAGUAGCACUGAUGGGACCUGUUACGUCACUACAGCGAGUCUGGAUGGCGAGUCAAAUUUCAAGACUCACUACGCAGUGCGGGACACCACCGUGCUCUGCACGGAUGAAGCCAUAGACUCCCUCACAGCCACGAUCGAGUGUGAGCAGCCACAGCCAGACCUCUACAAAUUUGUUGGAAGGAUCAUCAUGUACAGAAGCAACCAAGAGCCUGUAGCCAGGUCUUUGGGUCCUGAAAACUUGUUGCUGAAAGGUGCUACCCUCAAAAAUACCAAGAAGAUUUAUGGAGUGGCAGUCUACACUGGAAUGGAAACAAAAAUGGCUUUGAACUACCAAGGGAAAUCUCAGAAACGCUCUGCUGUGGAAAAAUCUAUCAACGCUUUCUUGAUAGUGUACUUAUGCAUCCUAUUGAGCAAAGCUACUGUGUGCACGACUCUGAAAUAUGUCUGGCAGAGUAAUCCAUUUAACGAUGAGCCUUGGUACAAUGAAAAGACUAAAAAAGAGAGAGAGACAUUCAAGGUGUUGCGGAUGUUCACAGACUUCUUGUCCUUUAUGGUCCUCUUCAAUUUUAUUAUCCCAGUUUCCAUGUAUGUUACAGUAGAGAUGCAGAAGUUCUUGGGCUCCUUCUUCAUCUCUUGGGACAAAGAGAUGUACGAUGAAGAAAUAAAAGAGGGAGCGUUGGUGAACACCUCAGACCUGAACGAGGAGCUCGGACAGGUGGAGUUUGUCUUCACUGACAAAACGGGGACACUGACGGAGAACAGCAUGGAGUUCAUUGAGUGCUGUAUAGAUGGGCACAAGUACAAGGACUGCAUUUCGGAGGUUGAUGGCUAUUCUCAGACUGACGGACCCCUAAAAUGCUAUGGCAAAGCAGAAAAGAGCCGAGAGGAGCUGUUCCUGCGAGCCCUCUGCCUGUGCCACACCGUUCGGAUCAAACAAGCAGACCAGGUGGACGGGCUGAUAGGACAUCCUGAGUGCAAAAACACCUACAUCUCCUCUUCCCCAGAUGAAAUCGCUUUGGUGAAAGGCGCUGAGAAGUAUGGUUUCACUUUUCUAGGACUCGAAAAUGAUUUCAUGAAAAUCCGAAACCAAAAGAAUGAAACUGAAAUGUAUCAGCUUCUCCAUACGCUGAACUUUGACCCUGUCCGUCGCCGUAUGAGUGUCAUUGUGAGAACCACCUCAGGAAAGCUGCUUCUCUUCUGUAAAGGAGCAGACUCCUCUGUUUUUCCAAGAGUGCAGCAAGAGGAAAUCCAACAAACUAAAGUCCACGUGGACCGCAAUGCUAUGGAUGGCUACCGAACACUUUGUGUGGCAUUCAAGGAACUAACUCAGAAGGAGUAUGACAGGAUUGACCGGCAGCUUAAUGAAGCAAAGAUGGCUCUGCAGGACAGGGAAGAAAAGAUGGCACAGGUUUUUGAAGACACAGAAGCAGACAUGCACUUGAUUGGGGCAACUGCUGUAGAAGACAGGCUGCAGGAACAGUCAGCAGAGACGAUCGAAGCUCUGCAUGCUGCUGGAAUGAAGGUGUGGGUACUGACAGGGGACAAGAUGGAGACUGCCAAGUCCACCUGCUAUGCUUGCAGGCUCUUCCAGACCAGCACCGAGCUGCUGGAGCUGACAGCCAGGGUGGUGGGUGAGUGUGAGAGGAAGGAGGACCGGCUGCACGAGCUGCUGAUGGACUACCACAAAAGGCUGAUCCAGGAUGUUCCCAAACCCCGGGGUAGCCUGAAGAGAAGCUGGACACUGAGUCAAGAAUACGGCUUGAUUAUAGACGGCUCAACGCUGUCUCUGAUACUCAAUCCUUCUCAGGAUUCCAGUUCUAGUCAUUACAAAAACAUAUUUCUACAAAUCUGCCUGAAAUGUACUGCAGUUCUGUGCUGCCGAAUGGCUCCUCUGCAGAAAGCACAGAUUGUGCGCAUGGUGAAGAACACAAAAGGGAGCCCGAUAACACUAUCGGUAGGGGACGGUGCCAAUGAUGUUAGUAUGAUUUUGGAAGCACAUGUUGGAAUAGGUAUAAAAGGCAAAGAAGGACGUCAGGCUGCAAGAAACAGUGACUACGCUGUUCCAAAGUUUAAACACUUAAGAAAAUUGCUACUAGCACAUGGGCAUUUAUAUUAUGUGAGAAUAGCACACCUUGUACAGUAUUUCUUCUAUAAGAACCUUUGCUUCAUUUUACCACAAUUUUUAUACCAGUUCUUCUGUGGAUUCUCACAGCAGCCACUCUACGAUGCUGCUUACCUUACCAUGUACAACAUCUGUUUCACAUCUCUCCCCAUCCUGGCUUACAGCCUCCUGGAGCAGCACAUCAACAUUGACACACUGACCUCAGAUCCACAGCUGUACAUGAAAGUUUCUGACAACGCCAUGCUGCAGUGGAGGCCUUUUUUGUACUGGACCUUCCUGGGCGCCUUUGAAGGACUCGUGUUUUUCUUUGGGGUUUAUUUUCUUUUUCAAAAUUCAUCGUUGGAAGAUAAUGGAAAGGUUUUUGGAAACUGGACCUUUGGGACGAUUGUUUUCACUGUGCUGGUGUUCACCGUCACUCUCAAGCUAGCUUUAGACACUCGAUUCUGGACGUGGAUGAACCACUUUGUGAUCUGGGGCUCCCUUGCCUUCUAUGUGUUUUUCUCGUUCUUUUGGGGAGGAGUCAUUUGGCCUUUCUUGAAACAACAAAGAAUGUAUUUUGUAUUUGCUCACAUGCUGACUUCUGUUUCCACGUGGCUGGCAAUAAUUCUGCUGAUCUUUAUCAGCCUUUUCCCAGAAAUUCUUCUAAUAGUUUUAAAAAGUAUAAAAGAGAGAAGUCAUCAGACUGGCAUCUUUGAUCUGCCUAUAUUAGUGUCAUACAAACGUAUAGAGAAUGGUUAUGUGAAGACUGAAGAUGCUCUUACUAAUCUGGCAGAAAGAUAUCCUCUCAGGAUACUUUAAAAUGCUCCAUCCAAAUAGUGCAAUUGUUAUCCUGCAGGAAAAUGUACCGGUUCUGUUGAGUAUUACCAAGCUCUGUAAGCAGCCAUGCUGACAAAGCAGUAGCCAGGCACUGGCCACAGUAGCUGUUCAUCUUUGGUCUUGUUGCUUCCCCCCCUGAAAAAAAAAAAAAAAGAAAAAAAAAAAGAAAAGAAAAACAUAA